GCCAGCCAGAACACCGCCGCAUUCCGGAAUACCAAGUACCUACUAAACCCCCCGAACAUCAGAGUGUACAGUCUUGGAUGACGACUAGAGCGCCUGCAACGCACCGAUAACCACAACCAGACGAGUAGCCGCCAAUUUUUACCCCCAAUCUGCCUGUGACAUAGGAAGCGAACGCCCCCGGCGCCAAAGCGAGGAUGUCGUAUUUCUUUGCGACACCCGUCGACAUCGACGUCGUCCUCGAAGAUGGCGACGACCGGUCCAUGGUCGACGUCAAGUUGGAUAAGAGCCGGCGGGAGAAGGCGCCGCUGUACAUGGACGGGGAGUCUGUCAAGGGCGCCGUGACGGUGCGGCCAAAGGAUGGCAAGCGGCUGGAACACACAGGCAUCAAGGUGCAGUUCAUCGGCACAAUAGAGAUGUUCUUCGACCGAGGCAACCACUACGAGUUCCUCUCGCUGGUGCAGGAGCUCGCGGCGCCGGGCGAGCUGCAGCACCCGCAGACGUUCGACUUCAACUUCAAGAACGUGGAGAAGCAGUACGAGUCGUACAACGGAAUCAACGUCAAGCUGCGGUACUUUGUGCGGGUGACGGUGUCGCGGCGCAUGGCCGACGUGAUCCGCGAGAAGGACAUCUGGGUCUACAGCUACCGCGUCCCGCCCGAGAUGAACAGCAGCAUCAAGAUGGACGUCGGCAUCGAGGACUGCCUGCACAUCGAGUUCGAGUACUCCAAGAGCAAGUAUCACCUCAAGGACGUCAUCGUCGGCCGCAUCUACUUCCUGCUCGUCCGCCUCAAGAUCAAGCACAUGGAGCUGAGCAUCAUCCGCCGCGAGACCACGGGCACCGCCCCGAACCAGUACAACGAGAGCGAGACGCUGGUCCGGUUCGAGAUCAUGGACGGCUCACCCUCGAGGGGCGAAACCAUCCCCAUCCGGCUAUUCCUGGGCGGUUUCGACCUGACCCCGACGUUCCGGGAUGUCAACAAGAAGUUCUCGACGAGAUACUAUCUUAGCCUGGUGUUGAUUGACGAAGACGCUCGCAGGUACUUCAAGCAGUCCGAGAUCAUCCUCUUCAGACAGGCACCCGAGCUGGCAAACGGUGGCCAGGACGGGCUGCCGCCGCCGACCCAAGACAAGAUCACCACCGUGCCCGCAUGAGAGAUAGAGCGAGUCGUCGUACGGGGCGAGAAUUAUGUGUGAAGAUUGUCCGGGCUUUUGUAUGUAUAUUGAUGACCUUUCCGGUGUGGGCGAACCCGUUACUUUUUUUUCCUUCGAUUUUUCAGCAUGGUCACGGCGUUGGUUCAAGGAGAGUUUCUAGAAAACCUCCCCUUUCCCAAAGAAAACAUUGGUUUCUUCAGGCUCGAUUAAUCCUAGUCUACCUAUCUACCAUUUUCCGUUCUUUGUUCA